AUCUAUGCGUUCCUCUUUCUGUCUCUCAGCAUAAUCACACGUCUUGUGCUUGCUUCGGCAACCAGAGAGCGGCUGGGGCUCAAAGCGUCUCUCUGCCCGAUUUGCGCAACGUGAUGGUCCACGUGUCUGCUCUUGGCCCAAAGCCAGCGGAAGAUGGACGGACACUCCCACGCUGGAAUCCGGUCCAUACCACGGCCACUUACGACUUCCCAAAGAGUGGCAACUCAUUUGGCCAAGCCUGGUGAGUUGAUGAUGGGAAGCGUUUGACACAGGGCUUCUAACGAGGUGAGAAACGCGAGAACUCGCAUCGACCCCCCCCCCCCCGCCACCAAAGCAAUAAACGCGUUCUAAAAAAAGAAAUGGUUGGCUCACUUGGGCGUAACGGUGGUGGCGUGCGAGUGCCACGUGUUCGUGUGCCAGAGACGAGUGAUUAAUGCUGAUGUCGGUGGCGAGAGAAGAGGAGGAGGAGAAGAAAAAAGAGUGGGGGCAAAGAUCGUCGCGUAUCGUUUGGGGGCGCCGGGUCCCCAGCGUGGCGGGGUCGGCCAGAGCCAGCAGCAGCAGUCCGCGUGGGACACCAGCACCCGUGUCAGCUCUGACAGCCACCAACUCUGCCUGCAUAAUCACUCAUCGCUCGUGAUAUAUAGAUAGAUACACGCGCACGCGUGGAGCUGCCGAGUCUUUAUAAGCACGCUCCGUACAGCUCGGCCGACAAAUUACGCGAAUAUAAUUGACGAGCGAUAGUCAUAUUUGUCAUCGUAUCAGCGAUAGGAAAUUAAGGGACGGUACGAGCAGCCGACGCUCCCUCUCCUCGGAGUCCCGCUCCCGUUACCCAAACGUCCAGCGACAAGUCGGCUGAGCAGCCAUGGGGUGCGGAGAGGAGAUGGACCUGUACGUGCCCAGCUACGCCGAGCUCGACGAGCGGGAGAAGGACACGGCCGGCGACCGGCCCAAGUGGGACAACAAGACGCAGUACAUGCUCACCUGCGUCGGCUUCUCCGUGGGGCUGGGCAACGUGUGGCGCUUCCCUUACCUGUGCCAGAGCCACGGCGGAGGAGCAUUCAUGAUCCCGUUCCUGAUCCUCGUGGUGCUGGAGGGCAUCCCUCUGCUCUACCUGGAGUUCGCCAUCGGCCAGAGGAUGCGCAAGGGCAGCCUUGGCGUGUGGAACACCGUGCACCGCGCCUUGGGCGGCGUUGGGAUCGCCUCCAUGCUGGUGUCUUUACUCGUGGGUCUCUACUACAACACCAUCAUCUGCUGGGUCAUGUGGUACUUCUUCAACUCGUUCCAGGAGCCGCUGCCUUGGAGCUACUGCCCCCUCAAUGAAAACCAGACAGAGCGAGUCCCAGAAUGUGCCAAGAGCUCCCCCACGGACUACUUCUGGUACCGCGAGACGCUUAACGUCUCCCCCAAGAUCGACUCGGCGGGCGGCCUGCAGUGGUGGCUCGUGCUGUGCCUCAUCUGCGCGUGGGCGGUCGUCUACGUGUGCACCAUACGCGGCAUCGAGACCACAGGCAAGGCCGUCUAUGUCACCUCGACGCUGCCGUACGUGGUGCUCACCAUCUUCCUCAUCCGUGGCCUCACCUUGGACGGCUCGGUGGACGGCAUCAUCUUCCUCUUCACUCCCAACAUCUCCGAGCUAGCCAACCCACAGACGUGGCUGGACGCCGGCACGCAGGUCUUCUACUCCUUCUCGCUCGCCUUUGGAGGCCUCAUCUCCUUCUCCAGCUACAACCCCGUGCACAACAACUGUGAGCGCGACGCCGUGGUCAUCUCCAUCAUCAACGCCUGCACCUCCAUCUACGCCGCCACCGUCAUCUACUCCAUCAUCGGAUUCCGUGCCACCGAGCAGUACAACGCCUGCUUUGACAGUAACAUCUUGUUGCUUACAAACACCUUCGACCUGCCCGAGGGCUACGUGACCCAGUCGUCGUACUCCACCAUCCUGGAGAGCCUUAAUAGCACGAACCUGGACACGAUCGCCUCGCUCAAUCUCAACACCUGUAAGCUCGACACCUUUCUGAGCACGGGAGUGCAGGGCACGGGGCUGGCCUUCAUCGUCUUCACCGAGGCCAUCACCAAGAUGCCCAUUUCCCCACUCUGGUCCGUGCUCUUCUUCAUCAUGCUCUUCUGCCUCGGCCUCUCCUCCAUGUUCGGCAACAUCGAGGGAGUCCUCACGCCGCUGCUGGACCUUCGCAUCUUCCCCAAGUCCGUGCCCAAGGAGGUCCUCACCGGCCUCAUCUGCCUCUUCUCAAUGCUGGUGGCGCUGCUCUUCGUGAGCCAGGCUGGCAACUACUGGCUCACCGUGUUCGACAACUUUGCUGGCUCCAUCCCCCUGCUCAUCAUCGCCUUCUGCGAGAUGGUCGGAGUGUCCUACAUUUACGGAAUUGACAGGUUUAACAGGGACAUCGAGUGGAUGAUCGGACACAAGCCCAACAUCUUCUGGCAGGUGGCGUGGCGAGGCCUCAGCCCUCUCAUCAUGCUCGCCAUCUUUAUCUUCUACUUCGUCACACAAGUCACACAGACGCUCUCCUACUCCGCCUGGAAUCCGGACUACGUGGACUUCCCCACGCUGGAGAGCCAGGACUACCCACACUGGGUGGUGUUCAUCAUCGCGCUCCUCGCCGGCGUGCCCAGCCUCAUCAUUCCCUUCUGGGCCAUCGUCAACGUGGUGUACAGCCGCUGUUGCCGCAAAGGCGGCCGCGGCGACGAGCAGCCGAAGCCCGACGACUCCGAGGAGCGCCUCGGCUCUGGCCUGGACCUCGAGAAGGCCGAGGUGGAGCCCGGCCACGAUAACGCCGUCUACUGCAACUCUGACGACGAGUGACGAGAGAUUCGCGCGCCCCGGGGGAUCGGCGCGUCACGGGCUGCCCCGACAACUCCGCCUGUCGAACUUUACUUUUGGAAAUCGCCCCGUUGACUGUUCUUGGUUAUUGUGCAAAGUCGGGGUGUCUCGAUUCACCGCUCAAAACGAUCAAUACGGUGGAAUGUGCUCGUCUUGCCAGGCAGGUUCCCGCGGUCGUGCUGCGUAAGGCUCUCCGAGUGGGAUUUCGAGUUGUGCCGCGGUGUUCGACAUUUCGCUUCGUGUGCCGGAAGCUUCUUCAAGGAACUCAAAUUCUGUUUCACCGAUUCAAUUGAGGUUCCUGAAGAAGCUCCCGGGUACGUGAUGUGUCGGAUCACCGCACCGUGGCGAGCAGCGCGCGGUACGACCUGGAAAAGGGUCGGACGGCACAUCAAAUAGCACAUUCACAUGGCAGGGACCAGUCUAUCCAUAGAAUGACCCCCGUCGACUUCCCGCAAAGUGGUACCUAUUUUAUGCACUGUGGAAGAUGAUUAGCCAAAUUGACCCUCGUGCAGGAGUUGUGAAUGCAGAGCGUUGUAAUUGUGAGUGUUGUGUUCUAAUCACCUGCCUUGCUAUCAAAAAUGAUGACAACUGUCUCCAUAAGUCUAACCCUAGCACUAGCCUUGACACACGACCCUAAAGCCUGGGCACAUGACCCUAUGAUUGGUUCAAGCACAACCGCUGACACUCCCCAUAGCAGCACACCGCUAAUCCUGGCUCUCGGUGGCGCCGGAGAAAAUAACCCAACUUACUCGUCCUCACGCUGGCCCUGAUGUGCACCAAACGCCGAGUGCGAACACCACCCACAAGCAAAACCCUUCACCUCUCAACACUCAUCCUGACAGCGACUCUGAUGACAUCACAAACAUAAAUAAUCCACCAUCAUCAUUAUCGUGGCCUGAUUCCAGAGAAUCACAUCUCACCGCAAAUAUUCCAAUGUCCGCCAGAGGCAGUUAAUCCAAGGAACCCACAGUGGCAACUGCCCCUCUGUGUUACUGUAACUUGUUGUUAUACCUUCCUGACCCCGUGCCCCGACUGGACAUCUGUGAAAAAAAGCUCCAGAGCCCAUCAGAUUCUGAUUCGGAUGUGGCGCAAGGCGCACGCGUCCAUCUGGCCGGUAUAAAUAUGACUGGGAACUUGCAGCGUUGACGACGGGCGUCCUGACGCAGCUGCGCAGCGAGUGGAACGUUCUCCAACUUGCGGUGCCCGUUGUCAGAAUCUGAGUUCACGUCGUGGAAGAGGCGAUGCUGUGGCUGUACGAGAGCGCGACAAAUUUCUCCCAAGUCAUCCCACGUCGUCAGCAUGUCAUUUUACAUUGCAGCAUAGGAAGUUUUUAAGUCGGGAGACUUAUUACCCGUAAUGUUUUAAAUGGGCAAGUCGCAAAGCCUCCGCCCCAUCGCAAUGAUCACGCUUUCUGCAAGAAGGGAAUGCCAUCCGGUCUUGAUUUUUGUCACAUAUCUGCACUACUAACAGGUUUAGAUAUGUCGUUACUUGCUUUGUAAUACGUCCUAUUUUGAUGUUCUAGAUUUAGCUUCCUGUGCUGCAACGGUUAGUAAAACUGUGGUGCAAUGUUUCAUGAGUUUUCACAUUUUGUGAACCUUCAUAAAGGCAUUUAACUUCAGCAAAUGCAUUUCUAAAACCAGUGGCUUUAAACUCAAUCAUAUCUUACCAAAAUGUUGCAAACAUUUGUCGUGUAUAAAUUUCAAAUAAACGCUCAAAGCUUUAGAUCUGUCAAAAAACGAUAUCCCCAAUUCCGUCUUCAGGGUGUUAGAAUCUUUAAGUGCAAAACGUUGUCAUCCGUUCAACGGCUAAACACAGCUUGUGUACAAACUCAACACACUCGUCAACAACGCUGUGGUCUCGAAAGAAACAAAUACAUAACAAAACAUCGGCGACAUUGCGGGAAAUGGCCCUUCUUCAUAGAACAUUUGCAGAUGGUUUAUUUUUUUAAACAAUCUGAAGACACAUUUUAGUGGGCGGCAGGGUGCUGCAGUGGUCAUACUUGUGGCCUCACAGCAAUAAGUAAUUGAGUUGGAUUCCCGACUCGGGAGUCUUUCUGGGUGGAGUUUGUAAUGCUCUCUCUGUUUUGCGUGGAUUCCCUCCAAAUUCCCCAUAUAUCUCCCAUAGCUACAAAAACAAACAAACUACCAAACCGUACAAUGUCAUGUCACUGGUAUUUGCCAAACAUCUUAAUGCUGAACAAUUCCCUGAAACGGUCUUGAGCCUCGGUGAUGCUUUCCUGGGUAAACAAAAAGAAUACUAAAUAACAAUUACACACACGCUUCUCUGGAACUCCAUCGUGCUUGAUUACAGGAGCCCAGCUGUGCUUGUGUUGUGUGUUGGUG